CAACUUGUUCUCCUCCCUCCUGCGUUUUGGUCUCUGACGGACGGGACCACGGACCUGGGGAAACCGCCGAGGCGCCUCCCGUCCGCUCCGGAACGUUCCGGACCGCCGCCGCUCGCUCCGGCGCUCGGCCACUUCCAUGCCGUCUCUUCUCCCGCUCCGGACAGACGCACGGACGCACGGACGGACGGACGGACCCGCGCGCUCGCACGGGACUGCGGCGAAAAGCCGGACCCCACAGGCAGACCCCCCGGCGUCUUCGCGAGCCCCCCCGGCCCGUCCCGCUUAGAUCCCACGUUCCCGGGGGCUGAGGAAGAGGAGGACGGGAGGAAGACAUGCAGGUGUCCUUCGCCUGCACGGACCACAACCUGAAGGCGCCGCGGAACGGCGACGGGCACGGCAAGGCCAAUGCCACCAGCCCCAGCGCGGGCAGCGCCGCCCGGGCGCGCUUCCGCACCGUGGCCCUCAUCGCCCGCAGCCUGGGCUCCUUCACCCACCGCCACCACAUCUCCCUCAAGGAGUCCACCGCCAAGCAGACCGGCAUGAAGUACCGGAACCUGGGGAAGUCGGGGCUGAGGGUCUCCUGCUUGGGGCUCGGAACUUGGGUGACAUUUGGAGGCCAGAUUUCUGAUGAGGUGGCGGAGCGGCUCAUGACCAUCGCCUACGAGAGCGGGGUGAACCUCUUCGACACCGCGGAAGUGUACUCCGCGGGAAAGGCUGAGAUAACCCUGGGAAACAUUAUCAAGAAGAAGUGCUGGAGGAGGUCAAGCCUGGUCAUCACCACCAAGCUGUACUGGGGGGGAAAAGCGGAGACGGAGAGAGGCCUGUCCAGGAAGCACAUUAUAGAAGGACUGAAGGGCUCCCUCCAGAGGAUGCAGCUGGAAUACGUGGACGUCGUGUUUGCCAACCGUCCUGACAGCAACACGCCCAUGGAGGAGAUUGUGAGAGCCAUGACCUAUGUGAUAAACCAGGGCAUGUCCAUGUACUGGGGGACCUCGCGGUGGACAGCUAUGGAGAUUAUGGAGGCAUACUCUGUGGCUCGCCAGUUUAACCUGAUCCCGCCCGUGUGCGAGCAGGCGGAGUAUCACUUCUUCCAGCGGGACAAGGUGGAGGUGCAGCUGCCCGAACUCUACCACAAGAUAGGUGUGGGCGUGGUCUCGUGGUCCCCGCUGGCCUGCGGAAUCAUCACGGGGAAGUACGACAACGGCAUCCCAGAAUCCUCCAGGGCCUCCAUGAAGUCGUACCAGUGGCUGAAGGAUAAGAUUCAGAGUGAGGAGGGCCGGAAGCAGCAGGCCAAGCUGAAGGAGCUGAGUCGCAUCGCCGAGAAGCUGGGCUGCACCCUCCCCCAGCUGGCCGUGGCCUGGUGUCUUCGGAAUGAGGGCGUGAGCUCGGUGCUGCUGGGAACGUCCAAUCCGGAACAGCUGACGGAGAACCUGGGCGCUAUACAAGUGCUUCCAAAGAUGACGUCGGACGUGGUGUCUGACAUCGAUCACAUCCUGGGGAACAAACCCCACACAAAGAAGGAAUCUCGGUCGUAGGGCCCACCCCAGGGACCCCCCCCGCCCACUGCCCUUGGUCCCUGUGUGGAGGGGGGGCUGGACGAUCGAUAGCGGGUCCACUCUUUGGAGCUCCGCUCCGCUCCUGGCCCAACUCAUGGCCCUGUCCCUUGUGUGGUGACACCCGCCACCUACCCUGCCCUCCGCAUCGUCCAUGCGAUCCUCCUUUCUUUGCAUCUCGUGCUGAGCCCCUUUGUGAAAAAUAAAAUGCAUGCAUGCGUGGGGGGAAUGGGAUGGGGGAGGGGGGCGGGCAAAAAUGAAUCAUAAAUGGGUUUAAUACUGCAAACCAAACAACAAUGCAGACUGCAAAAAAAUGAGAAACCUUAAUCCAACCUGUGUGCUCUCUGUUACUGUGUUAUUACACAUGUAUUAACUUUGUUAAGUCUGCUGGAUCCGCCCCCCUCCCUGUGAACUGUGACCUCUGCCUGGCCCCUGUGGAAUGGACUUCCUGUUUGAGAGCGAAUAAGAAAGGACUGAUGCUCAUAAAGGAUUGACGCGUAUGCCUCUCUGAGGAAAACAAAUGGAGCAGCGGGAUUGCGAUUCCUUGUCUUUGUCUCCUCCUGCAGGCCAGCUAGUGAACUGCAGUAUGGUCAUUUUGACAGUAAGGAAACCUCACCUUGGCCAAAUAGCUGGUGCUGGAACAUCAACCACAGAUUUAAUAAUGGAAACUACACAAGAACACUGAAAACUAAAGCAUAAAUGUGAAGCAAAAUAUGAUAUAGAAAAGAUUAAUUAUUGAAUAACGGAUUAACAUGGUAAAACUAUCCAAAAAAGACUCUGAAGCCCUUUAUAAAAAUUACAUAUCAAGUGCAAAUAUAUCUAUAGUCUACUCUCUGAAGUGAUGACAAACAGAAAAUUUCCUGAUGUUUCUCUGGACAGAACAACCUUGAUUUCUAAAUCAAACUGUAAAGCACUAACAAACAACAACGGGACUGAACUGACAUCACACUAUUGAACUGAGGUAGCCCGCAUGGACCUUUGUUCAAGAAUAUGCAGUCACAUCCCUUCUUUCCCCUAUCGACCUGGAGCCAGGCCGACCCUGAUAAGUGGUCACACACUAUAUUGCAUGGAACCGAUUAAAGAGAAGAGCCUUGACCUGUCAGGCCAGUCCAGGGGCGGGGUUGGUGAACUGCACUGUGACAUCACAUCUGCUAGCUCUAAUGCUAUUGGAGGAGAGCCAUUUUUACUGAUAUUCCAAAAAGGGUAUCUUUCCGCUUUACCAACUGAAAGUUUGCAUGCGUUUCCAGUAACUGCCUUGUGACACAUUCGUUUUCUUGGUAACUAUUUUCUUUUUAAAUCUUUCCAGAAAUUUAGUCGAUAGCUACGUUAGCUGAUUUUACAUUUAACGGAUCACAGAAAGCACAGGCAGCCUAGCUGUAGCAUUACUUAUUAAACAGCAUUGCGCUAAAACGAAUGAAUAAAGUCAACCCAUUUUUAAACGCGCGGUAGCAAAGUGAAACCUUAAACACUGUGAACGCUUCCUUCCCAUUAUUGCAUAAGUCUUCAGUCUGCUGUAACGCGCUUUCCUGCUUCAUAGAUUCGGUCUACCAUAAAUAGGAGUAUUACUGCUUGACUGCGGCAAACCUCGCACGUACUGCAAAAGCGCGUUAUAAAAAUGAAAAAGCGCUACUCGUCGUAUGCAAGUGACUCCCGUGUCGUUUCCCGUCUGCAAGAGGACCUAAUGACCGUAUUUUCACGUCUUUUGGUUCGUGAUUUUCCAUCUCUGGCAUACACCUUACUAGGUUAAAUUGUUGUUAUAGUGUAAAUAUUAUUAUUAUUAUUAUUAUUAUUAUUAUUAUUAUUAAUAAUGCAUUGCUGUAAUGUAUCAAUACCAUCUCUCGGACUCUAACACACCGGGUACUUCAAUAGUUGCAAUGCUCCCCCGUGGCAGUUUUAAAUUUUUAACCAUGAGCUCUUUUCUGAACUCCUUGAGUUUGACAAAAAAAAAAAAACAUUCUAACUACUUGUUUGUGUUAACAGUCC